UCCAGCUAAGGCUAUUCUGAGCAGGUGGUUCCGGUGGCGAGGCGGGUCCACUGAGCCUCUCACUGAGCCGCUUGAAUGGACGAGGGACACACGGAGAACUUAAAGUGGCUUCUUACCUAACUUCAUCCAGAAAAAAACAAGAGCUGGUCCUGCGAAGGGAUUAGCUCCGUGUCUGUGCCAACAUGGGCCUGCCCUCGGUGAUGGUGUUGCCCCUGCUCGUCGUCAUCGCAGCGGGGGUUUAUUACAUCUACAACGAGGUGAUUCACUUCAUGUCCAAGUCGUUGGUGCGAAACAAAGUGGUGGUCAUCACCGACGCUGUGUCUGGAGUGGGGACAGAAUGCGCCCGCCUCUUCCACAAAGGCGGCGCCAGACUGAUCCUAUGUGGAAUGAGCUGGGACAAACUGGAGUCUCUUUACGACUCUCUGACCGGCGAUGCCGACCCCAGAGAGACGUUUGCUCCAAAGCUGGUGAUCCUGGAUUUCAGUGACAUGGCCAGCAUGGAGGAGGUGGUGUCUGAGGUGAUGGAGUGUUACGGCUGCGUGGAUGUGCUGAUCUGCAACAGCAGCGUGAAGCUCAAGGCUCCCGCUCGGAGCGUCUCUCUGGAGACGGACAGAAACAUCAUGGACAUCAACUACUUUGGGCCCAGCACUCUUGCCAAAGGUGUUCUUCCAGCCAUGAUCUCUCGAAGGUCAGGGCACAUCAUCCUGGUGAACAGCGUCCAGGGUAGACUGGCUGUCCCUUUCAGGAGCUCAUAUGCCGCCUCCAAACACGCUGCACAGGCCUUCUUUGACUGCCUGAGGGCUGAAGUGGAGGAGUAUGGCCUUGUGGUCAGCACCGUCAGUCACACCUUCAUAAACAGCGCUGAACCAGCACCGCUACCCAGUCCAAAGCCAAACGCCCUGGCUGCAUUCAUCAAAAGCCAGCUGACCCACGGCGUGCGUCCAUCAGUCCUGGCCAAUGAGAUUAUGCAAACUGUGAACAGGAAGAGAAAGGAGGUUGUGCUUGCACACCCCAUCCCCAGAGUGGCCCUCUACCUCCGCUCGCUGUUCCCGCCUUUCCUCUUCGCUGUGCUGGCGGCGGGGGUGAAGGACUCCAUGCUGGCCGAGGAGAUGCAGUGACACAACACACACGUGUGUAUUAAAGCCAAAUCCCUGUGGAGAUGCAACAGUGCCUGGCUGUUCUUUUCCUACAUGAUCACUGCUGAUGCAAAGGUUAGGGUGAUGCUGAACUACGGUGGCCCAGAAGGGUCACAACACAACACUUUAGAUUUGCAACACAAAGUAACACACUACUAUUCGUCACAACAAGAAACAAUUAACUCACAACACGACAAAAUCAACUCACAGCGCAACACUUUACCUCAAAAUGGAAGUUUCACUGCUUUUAUUCUGAAAUUUCUACGGGGCAAACACAUCAGUAAUCGAGUCUCCAUUCUGGAUUUAUGAUUCUCCCGGUACCGGCAGCUUCUCUCCUGCUCUGUCUGAGAGCCAUCUGUGUGACAGCCGCUUCUGCCGUGUUCCUGUACCUGUAUACCUGUAUACCUGUAAACCUGUAUACCUGUAUACCUGUAUACCUGUAUACCUGUAAACCUGUAUACUUGCAACGGAAGUGAUACUCCCAUUUUGAGAUAAAAUGUUGUGCUGUGAGUUCA